CAACUGGUGACCGCCUCCAUCAGGUACGUCGGCCCGCAGUGUGCGCACAGAUCAGACAGACGACCAGAAUUGUACCUUUGUCCCAAUAGUCGAAACGCAAUCGCGGCCACUCGCCGUGGGACAAGGAAAAGUUUCGGGAAUCUGGCGUCUGUAUCUGUCCACGCACAAAGAUCCCAAAGAACCGCUUUACUACCCGGAUAGUCAGAGCUAACCCUUAUCCUCUCUCCUCGCUCAGAAUCUGCAGCCAUGGGUAUCUCUCGCGACUCUCGCCACAAGCGCUCCGCCUCCGGUGCCAAGCGCGCCUACUACCGGAAGAAGCGCGCUUUCGAGGCUGGCCGUCAGGAGGCCAACACCCGUAUCGGCCCCAAGCGCAUCCACACCGUCCGCACUCGUGGUGGCAACCACAAGUACCGUGCCCUCCGUCUCGACUCUGGCAACUUCGCCUGGGCCUCUGAGGGUAUCACCCGCAAGACCCGUGUCAUCGUUGUCGCCUACCACCCGUCCAACAACGAGCUGGUCCGCACCAACACCCUGACCAAGUCCGCCGUCGUCCAGAUCGAUGCUGCUCCCUUCCGUCAGUGGUACGAGGCCCACUACGGCCAGCCCAUUGGCCGCAGACGCCAGCAGAAGCAGGGCAAGGAGGAGGAGGUUGUCAAGAAGAGCAAGGCCGUCGAGAAGAAGCAGGCCGAGCGCUACCAGGCCCAGGGCAAGGUCGACCCCGUCCUCGAGAAGCAGUUCGAGGCUGGUCGUCUCUACGCCGUGAUUGCCUCCAGACCCGGCCAGAGCGGUCGUGCUGACGGCUACAUCCUCGAGGGUGAGGAGCUUGCUUUCUACCAGCGCAAGCUCCACAAGUAAGCGUCUCACAUAAACGCGGACGUCGCCUACUUGCAGCUCGGGAUGUUGUGGGGAUGCAUUCAGGGGGGGUUGAAACAAGUAAAAAUCAAAGACCAUUUCAGCACAAGAAGGGAGUUGAAAAAUGUCGUGUGUGCUCAUCAUACCGCUACACAAAACGACGAGCUAUGACUACGAUGGUUUUACUGCACUGGGAACGAUGUUUACGGAAUUCUUUGCCUGCUCAUUUCGGCAUUGGGAUAUGGGAUGGAUCCUUUUUUAUCUUUUUUUCCAGACAACGUGAGAGAUGAAAGAAAAGAGGGUCAAAUGUCAUGAUCAGAAAUAAAAACUUUGAUCACCACCAACCAAAAUGAAGUAGAAGGAUUUCUCUACCAA